UCCCCUCUUUAUCGGUGCUGUACGUUUAGCACCUGAAGUCAAAGCAAGUCUUUGUUCUCGUCUUUAACCAGACCUAAAUCUGGUUUACUGUUUACACCGAGUUAGCCCACGUUCAACAUGUGAAGAAAUGCCGUGGCGAGGUGUUUUUCAGCGAUAUGUUUUGAAGUGUCCUGUCACCGAGGCUGGUGUUUCCCGCAGAACUUACACACAUGAAGCUUCGCUGUACGUGCAUUGGCCCUACUGCCUAAAGCGAUGCUCCUACUGCAACUUCAACAAGUACAUCCCUCGCUCAGUGGACCAUGUGCUUAUGACACAGAGCCUGCAGAGGGAAACUCAGACGCUGCUGCACAUCAGCCAGGUUUCCUGCAUUACCUCUGUGUUUUUCGGUGGUGGGACACCCAGCCUGGCCCAACCCUCUACCAUCGCUGCUGUACUGGAGACUGUCUCGAAACAUGCACAGUUUUCUGCAAAUGCUGAGGUCACCUUGGAGGUAAACCCCACACCUGCUGGGAAAGCCAGACUCAGAGACUUUGUAGCAGCUGGAGUCAAUCGAUUUUCUAUUGGAAUGCAGUCUCUGAAUGACAGCAGUCUGAGGGUACUGGGGAGAGAUCACAGUCCACAAGAAGCUCUCCAGACGCUCUCAGAGGCCAGGACACUGUGCCCUGGACGUGUGUCAGUAGAUGUUAUGUUUGGGCUUCCAGACCAAAGUGAAGAUUCAUGGCAGAGUGAGCUGGAGGAGGUGCUGUCUGUCUGUGAUGACCAUGUGUCACUGUACCAGCUGACCCUGGAGAGGGGCACUCAUCUCUUCAAACAAGUCCAGUUGGGUGAAGUGCAUGUGCCUGGUGAUGACGUUACCGCCACAAUGUACAAAACGGCUAGAAAUAUUCUCAAGAAGGCGGGCUUUCUCCAGUACGAGGUGUCCAACUUCGCCAGGAAUAAUGCUGUUAGCACACAUAACAUUGGCUACUGGAAAGCACAGCAGUACAUUGGUGUUGGACCUGGAGCACAUGGCCGCUUUGUUCCUCAUUCACUACAGGGGGUUCUGAGGGAAGCACGCACUCAGACAUUAGAGCCAGAUGUUUGGAUAAGAGAAGUCCAGCAGCACGGGCAUGCAACACGCAGGCAGAUACAACUGAGCCAUCUUGAGCUGUUGGAAGAAGUUUUGGUCAUGGGACUACGAAUGAAUGAAGGAAUCUCUCACCAGCACUGGGCAGAAUUCAGUCCAGAGGCAAAUUUGCACCAAGUUUUCGGAGUAUCAGAAGAUUUUCAGCAACUGCAACAGAGGGGUCAUCUGAUUCUCGAUGAUGGGGGGCUACGUUGUUCCUGGGAAGGUUUAGCUUUACUGGACAGUAUUUUACCUAUGCUGCUGCUGAGGCUGGAGAUGUUCUUCAAGAAACCUGCGGCCUCUGCUGCAACUGCAGGCAGGACACAUGGACAGAGAAAGAGAUGACUGAGCUCAGCCAGUCAGAGAGGAAGAGAACAUAAAUUGCUCAAUAAUGCAAGUUUCAGGAACUGGGAAAGUACGAAGCAUAUUUCUUCUGUCUUUUGGAACUGAUUCUUGCAAUGGAAUGCACGUGAAAGAGACGUUUUUUCCAAGUGCACAUCCUCCUUCUUCUGUGACAGAUGGUUUCUUUGUUGUGGUGGACAGAAUUUCAAAAGAGGAUAAAAUGUUCCAUCUGGUACCGAGUGGUAGGUGCACAUCUCGAAUGAACAAAGAUUGAACAAGCCGUUUCGUAUGUUGAUAAGCAGAUAGGUUACUGCAAUUCUCUCCUCUUUUCAUUCUUGUUUCAUCACAGUAAAGAUAUAUUUCAGCUCAAAGGCUUAGAAAAACAGUUUCUCUACUUAAAAGAGUACACAUAAGCGGUUAACAAAACCACCUUUUAAUAAAACUAGGGGUGCACCAUUAGAAUUGGCCAGGCUGAUUUUCACCCUUAAAGCUGCACUGUAAAAUCUAAAAGUCAGAGACAUUGGGUCAGAUUUGGUGGGAGUAUUCCGACCAUGCCAUACGUCUUUACGUAUUAACAUCACACACACAGUCUCAAAAAGAAAAUCUGGCUCGAUGUUUAGAUCUCAAAUGCAAAAAUCAACAUUAUACUGAUGAAGAUAUGACGACCAUAUUAGAUAAUUCACUCACAUCCUUAGAAGACACGUCCUUCACCAAACUUGACGUGAGUUCUCUUUGAAUAGUCUUUCAACGUGCUCUCAGUCAUCAGGUUCAUCUACUCGUGGGGGUCCAAAAUGUUAUUUUGUGUUUGAAAUUGGAAGACUUGUUUAAGUACUUUCAGCAGGUCUGUUAUAUUUACAUUGUGUAUUGACUGUUUAUAGUGUAUCAUUCAUCCAAUGCACCACUUUCAUAGCACCCCUUUUGCUAGCCAGUCAUCUCCUCAACCUCCACAGCCUCUAUAUGAAUGUCACGAUUGGCCCCUCCCAGUCCGGUCCAUGUGCUUUUUGUUUACCUUUUGAUCUUCCAUGUGCAUUUGUUUUGGUCUAGUCCAUGUGCUUUCUGUUUUGAUCCCAGUCUGGCCCC